CCCCAUUCACGGAGAACAUUUUCUAGGAGGGUGGUGGCGCCAGAAACGCUCCUUGCAUUUCGGGAUCGGAAAGAGCCCGCUUCUUUUCAGAUGCCGUUUGUGUUGUGAGAGCGACAAGUUGCUGUUUGUAUGGAUGCUACGAUAUCAGGAUGCUAUUCCUAUUUCUGAUCGGGACCCUUGGCACUUUUCAAAAUGUAAUGUGUUUAAAACUUAGAGAAAUUGUAGUGCCGGCUGUCGUCAUCAAAGGAGAUUCCGUGUGGCUUAACUGCACAUAUGACUUGGGGAACGAGACACUCUAUUCCAUCAAAUGGCACAAGAACAAUGUUGAGUUUUACAGAUAUCUUCCAGAAGACAGACCUCCUGGCCAGAAAUACGAUCUUAAUGGUAUUCAUCUCGAUCUUGAUCGAACUGAUCGAGGAAAUAUCUUCAUGCCCUACACAGACGUAGACUCUGAAGGUAUCUACAGAUGUGAAGUCUCUACAGAAGCACCAAAUUUCCAGACAGUCAAAGCAGAGAGAGAAAUGCGAAUAUACGUUAAUCCCAGCUCCAAACCAAUCAUAAAAGGAACAAAACCUUACUAUGCCCCAGGAGAUUUAGUAAAUGUCACGUGUGUGUCUGCUCCCUCAAGACCCGCGGCGAUUUUAAAGUGGUGGAUUAAUGGAGAAGAGGCGAGGACCAAUCGGAUGCCUUCCAUAGAAUCGCCAGAUGGACUUUUCACAUCAAUGCUUACAUUGAAAUUCAUCGCCAAACCAAGCAAUUUUUGGGAAGGAAAAAUGAAACUGCAGUGUGAAGCUAUCAUUUCUCAGGCGCAUACUCUAAGAAGCGAAGAAAUUAUCAUUUCCAACAGUGGCACAUACAUUGCCACUGGAGCUUACGAUCAGCAAAAAGAUGGUCCAAGUAUCGAUGGUGGAAAACAUGUAUAUAAUGUUGGAGACUUAGUAGACAUAAAUUGCACAGCUGCACCUUCACAACCUCCGGCAGAACUACAUUGGUACAUAAAUGACAAAGAGGUAAGGCCAGAACACUUACUUCCCAGAAAGCCGCUAGUAUUUCAAAAUGGUCUUGAAUCUCCUGUACUCGGACUCAAAUUCGAAGUAAAACAGCGACACUUUCAGAAACAUGAAAUGAGACUACGGUGUACAGCGACUUUGUCCGAAGUUAAAAGAAUGACAAGUGAGCCCCUAGAAGCUGUGUUGUCAGAACAACACAAAUCAGAUCUACAUGUAGAUCUAAACAUGAGCUCAGUUUCAAAUAAAAGUACGUGGAGUCCUUACACCAUUCAUCCACUGUGCUGCAUCAUUAUACUUCUGGUAUCCAGAACUUUCUUUUAAGAUUCCGAAAGAAAAAGUAAGGACGCCUGAAAAAACUAAACUACAAAUCCCAUCAGGAUCUUUCAGAGGAUGUUUAAUUCUAUGACCUGAAAUAAAGAAGAAAAAAUCUAUGUCUGUUCUGAUUAUCUGCUUUGAGGGAAACAAGUUCCAGUCGCUUCAGAUGAAUCAGAACCGAAAUCAAAAGAGUAAUAAAUAUAUUCAUCAAAGCAAGACUGUGAAAAAAAAACCCCAACGAAGGAAGAAUUCUUCCUUUGGGACUCGACCCUUCAAAACUCAGAAGAGCACAAUUCAAAUCUUUAUUGAAAUUACGUUUGUGCUGCCAUCUAUGAGUGGCUAAGAGAGAUAUAAAUAAAAUUCUAAAGAGGUUGUAACCUCUGAUAUUGUAAAUAUGAAUAUAUUGUUUGUUUGCUCUCUUUUCGCUCUUAAAUAAUAAAAUGUUGCUUGUGAAAUGUU